CUAGCAAGUCACUUUCGGGAUGUGCCGACCAUUUCUUCGGGCCAGGAGCCCGUGUUCCAGAUAUUGUGGUCGCGUCAGCUCCCUAUAGUCGUAAACGGGGUUCACAAAAUCCUGCAAUGCGAUUGGUCCCCUCAAGUGUUCAUGUUGUCCUACGGCGAGGAGGAUGUCUUUAUGAUAAACAGCAAGUGCAAGAACCCAGCGAAAGUCAAAGCCAAGCACUUCUUCACGGAGUUCCUGCGAGGUGACCAUGAGAGGGGCAGCAUCAUAAGACUCAAGGACUGGCCCCCAUCUGCGCUGUUCGCUGAUAAGCUCAAACCUUACUUCGACGCGUUCAUGAAGGCGGUACCUAUGCCGUCAUACACCCGCCACGACGGGGUUCGCAAUUUUCCUGCACACUAUCCGGAUCCGACGCGUCCCCUCAAGUCGCAAAAACCCGACUUCGGACCAAAGCUGUACUCGGCGACGGAGGAUACUACCCACGUCGGCUCAACCAAAUUGCAUCUAGAUGUCACGAGCGCCGUCAACAUCCUCGUGUAUAACUCGCGCGGAGAAACAUCCGGAGCGUUAUGGCACAUCUUCUUGGCCGAUGAUCUGGACAAACUGCGCGGUUAUCUGCGCUCGAGCUUGGGCGACACGUCGACCGAGGACCCCAUCCACGCUCAAAGCACAUACGUGACACAGCCCAUGUUGGAUGAACUGAAGAUGUUGGGCGUGUCUCCAUUUGUGGUGCACCAAAGGCUUGGCGACGCCGUCUUCAUCCCUGCUGGAUGCGCACAUCAAGUCAGCAACACUGCGGCUUGUAUCAAGAUAGCUUGCGAUUUUCUCUGUUCUGAGGGAGUUGCUCGUUCUGCCCAAGUCUCUGCAGAGCUACGACAGGAGGGGCACGACGAUAUCCUCCAGCUAGAGACUAUGCUCUGGCACGCUUGGAAGUCUCUGCGUAUAACUGAAGGAAGGAGUCGGCCAUCUGACACGGAAGGAUCAACGCGCACAGAGCGUAAGCGUCACAGACAGCGCCAGAUAUCGCGGGCCAGAAAGGAUGAGGCCCGACGGAAGGGCAAGGCUAGGCACCCUGACGACGACUCUGCACGGCCAAGCGGUGUCUUCAAGUGCCCUCUCCCGAAGUGCCAGGAUUCCAAACGAACGUUUUCGGUGUUACAAGGGGUGUUCAAUCACAUGUGA